CUCGCUGUGUGGAACGCCAGAGCCGACUGAGCGCGCUGCCCACCGCCUGUGGACACGGGCUCCGCCGCGCCGGACCUCGGUGACAGAACAAAUCUGUUGCCUGGAGUUGGACGUGUGUCCGUGUGAUAACGUCAGUGGAAGCUGCACCGAGUAAAUGAGGGAAACCCAGAAGUUGAAGCAUUAAAAACCAGUUUGGGGCCUUAGAAUCUUGCAGUCCGCAGAACCACAGAGUGCGUUUCCAUCUACGCCCUCCUCUAAGUCCCCCUUCAAAACUGGGGGCCUCUGGAAAGCUCUGAGCCUGUGACCCCAGCCUGGGAGAAGAUAGGUACAAGAUGGCCAUGUGGCAUGGAGCCAUGGAUAACAGAGGCUUCCAUCAGGGGAGUUUUAGUAGCUUCCAGAGCAGCUCUAGCGAUGAAGACUUGAUGGACAUCCCAGGGACUGCUAUGGAUUUCUCCAUGAGAGAUGAUGUGCCUCCUUUAGAUCGAGAAAUAGAAGGGAACAAGUCAUACAAUGGUGGUGGAAUAAGCUCUUCAAAUAGGAUCAUGGACUUCUUGGAGGAGCCAAUCCCCGGUGUAGGGACCUAUGAUGAUUUCAACACCAUUGAUUGGGUGAGAGAGAAGUCUCGAGACCGAGAUCGUCACCGAGAGAUUACCAAUAAAAGCAAGGAGUCAACAUGGGCCUUGAUUCACAGUGUGAGCGAUGCCUUUUCUGGCUGGUUGUUGAUGCUCCUUAUUGGGCUUUUAUCAGGUUCUCUAGCAGGCCUGAUAGACAUCUCUGCUCACUGGAUGACAGACUUAAAAGAAGGGAUAUGCACAGGGGGAUUCUGGUUUAACCAUGAACACUGUUGCUGGAAUUCCGAGCAUGUCACGUUUGAAGACAGAGACAAGUGUCCAGAGUGGAAUAGCUGGUCCCAGCUUAUCAUCAGUACAGACCAGGGAGCCUUUGCCUACAUAGUCAAUUAUUUCAUGUACGUCCUCUGGGCUCUCCUGUUUGCUUUCCUUGCCGUGUCUCUUGUCAAAGCGUUUGCACCUUAUGCCUGUGGCUCUGGAAUCCCUGAGAUAAAAACUAUCCUGAGUGGUUUCAUUAUUAGGGGUUAUUUGGGUAAGUGGACCCUGGUCAUCAAAACUAUCACUCUGGUGCUGGCAGUGUCAUCUGGCUUGAGCCUGGGCAAAGAGGGCCCUCUAGUGCACGUGGCCUGCUGCUGUGGGAACAUCCUGUGCCAUUGCUUCAACAAAUACAGGAAGAAUGAAGCCAAGCGCAGAGAGGUCUUAUCAGCUGCAGCAGCUGCUGGUGUAUCUGUAGCUUUUGGGGCACCUAUCGGUGGAGUAUUAUUCAGCCUGGAAGAGGUCAGCUACUAUUUCCCCCUGAAAACACUAUGGCGUUCAUUCUUUGCUGCCCUAGUGGCAGCUUUUACACUCCGGUCCAUCAAUCCAUUUGGAAACAGCCGCUUAGUUCUAUUUUAUGUGGAGUUUCACACCCCAUGGCAUCUUUUUGAGCUUGUGCCAUUCAUUGUGCUGGGCAUAUUCGGUGGCCUUUGGGGAGCUCUGUUUAUCCGCACAAACAUUGCCUGGUGUCGGAAGCGUAAAACCACACAAUUGGGCAAGUAUCCUGUCGUCGAGGUACUCAUUGUGACAGCCAUCACUGCCAUCUUGGCUUUCCCUAAUGAAUACACCCGGAUGAGCACAAGUGAGCUCAUUUCUGAGCUCUUCAAUGACUGUGGCCUUCUGGACUCCUCCAAGCUCUGUGAUUAUGAGAACCAUUUCAACACAAGCAAAGGCGGUGAGCUGCCCGACAGACCCGCCGGCCAAGGCGUCUACAGUGCCAUGUGGCAGCUGGCUUUGACACUCAUACUGAAAAUAGUCAUCACUAUAUUCACCUUUGGCAUGAAGAUUCCUUCUGGUCUCUUUAUUCCCAGCAUGGCUGUCGGCGCGAUAGCAGGCCGUCUUUUAGGAGUAGGGAUGGAGCAGCUGGCUUACUACCACCAUGACUGGGGCAUCUUCAACAGCUGGUGUAGUCAGGGAGCUGAUUGCAUCACCCCUGGCCUUUACGCUAUGGUUGGGGCUGCGGCCUGUUUAGGUGGGGUAACUCGGAUGACCGUUUCUCUUGUUGUCAUAAUGUUUGAACUGACUGGUGGCCUGGAAUAUAUUGUGCCUCUGAUGGCUGCAGCCAUGACAAGCAAGUGGGUGGCAGAUGCUCUUGGGCGAGAGGGCAUUUAUGAUGCCCACAUUCGUCUCAAUGGAUACCCCUUUCUUGAAGCCAAAGAAGAAUUCGCUCAUAAGACUCUGGCCAUGGAUGUGAUGAAGCCCCGGAGAAAUGACCCUGUGUUGACUGUCCUUACUCAGGACAGUAUGACUGUGGAAGAUGUAGAGACCAUAAUCAGUGAAACCACUUACAGUGGCUUUCCAGUGGUAGUCUCCCGAGAGUCACAAAGACUCGUGGGCUUUGUUCUCCGAAGAGAUCUCAUUAUUUCAAUCGAAAAUGCUCGGAAGAAGCAGGAUGGGGUUGUGAGCACUUCCAUCAUUUAUUUCACUGAGCACUCACCUCCGAUGCCACCAUACACUCCGCCUACCCUGAAGCUUCGGAACAUCCUGGAUCUCAGCCCCUUCACUGUGACAGACCUUACGCCAAUGGAGAUCGUAGUGGAUAUCUUCCGCAAGCUGGGACUGCGCCAGUGCCUGGUUACACACAAUGGGCGCUUACUUGGCAUCAUUACCAAAAAGGAUGUGUUAAAGCACAUAGCACAGAUGGCAAACCAAGAUCCCGAUUCCAUUCUCUUCAACUAGAAUCAUGGGGUUGUUUGGGAUAUGAAACAAGGACAUUGCGGACCAUGGAUAUAUUUUAUUAACUGGGUACCCAAAACACAUUUCCCAUAUUUGGAUGGUGAAGUCAUAUUAGUGUGUUGUCUGUUUCCUACAAGUUAACCAGUUGCACUACGUAAUUUCUGGAAAUGAAUCUCUCUAGGAGAAAGUACAGUUAGGCUUAUGUGAUACUGCAUUAGGAAGGGUUCAUGAAAGAGAAACGAGAUUGCUAUGGUUUAAUUAUGUUUCUUCUUUAAAUUUUUUUUUUAAUUUAAAAAAUAAUUGUUAGCCAAUAUGCAAUCACUGAAAACUAUGCAAGAAAAAUUCCAACUAUUCUGACAUAUAGCCUGCAGGAAACUCAUGAAUGAGUUAUGUGUGGGGAGGACUCUAACUGUCAUUGGUGGAAGAUGAAGUGUGAAAUAAGGGGCUUUGCCUUUCAAGCUACAGAAAGGAAAGCCAGAAGGAAAUAGCAAUGGCAUUUUUUAGACUGUGAAGAUUCAGUUAAAUUCUUAUUCCUGUUACAGUAUUUAGCGUUAUUAGUUUGUUACGUUUACCUUUUCAUUAGAAGACAGUGCUGCUCUGGUUAAUCUCCUCCAAGUGAAGUAGAGGGCUUGACCUUUAGAGCCUGCUUGUCCUGGUCUUUUGAAGUGCACAAAAUUAAGUUACAGAGCUUUCUCCUUGGCUGCAGAAAGGCUAUUUUUAAUUCUCCAAUGGCAAUGCUAGCUAGUAGACAAGGACUUUGUUAGGAAUUUGUUAGUAGCUAGGAAUUCUUUCUUCUGGUUUUCUUGAAAUAAUGAUAAAGUUCUGAGCAAAGUCGGUGACUAGGAAUUUCACAUUUUUUUGUGAAGUCCUAACCAAAUCUUUUACCCAGAUGCCACCUCCAUGGAUGAUGGUGCUUUAGGCUUCUGGAAUAAGUAAGAACAGUAUAUGGAACCGAGCCUAGGCUGAAUACUGGUAGAGCAGGGAAGAUCCCUUUGAAAAGACCACCAGUACUAAAAUAACUGGACACCUGUGCUCCUCCCAGUGUGGAGUAUGCAGAACAAGCCGUUGUUCCUGUGAGCAUGAAGGAGGCUUGAGAUACUUCUACAUGUCUUGAAGGAACUGGAACAGGAUAGGCGACUGCAGCUGCCUUGAGGUACCAUCCUUCGAUCCAACUAAAAUGCAGAGCUAUCCUAAAACCUAGGUGUAUGGAUGAGGCCUGAUGACACCAAAGGUGCUUGUACCCAGUUAAAAAGGUGCCUGUCUCAAUUUCCUACCACAGCUGUGGCAGUUUAAAAAAAAUCACAUUCUAGAAACACCUGGUGGAAUUCAAGAGCCACCACCAGCAUUCCAACCACCCUCAUUUUCUAUCAUUUUAUCCAUGUGCAAUUCCUCUCCCUCCAUUCUGUUUGCCUUUCUUCUCAGCACGGACUCCUCUGUAGGAUGGAGCAGUCUGCUUAGUUAAUCAUUCCUGAUAAUGACACAAGAGCCCUACUCGGGCUGGUUGAAUUGUAAGCCAAGGCUCAGCAGUCUCGCAGCACUCGCACUAGAGGUGACACUUUUUUGUUUGCCAUGUGGCCCCGUUGCUGCUGCCAUGCCUCCAUUUCAGUCUCAGCUGCCCAUGGCAGUGAGGCCACAUUGUUGGCUAAGAAGAGUUCAUCUUACAAGUCUGUCCCCAAUACUUCCUACUGUCCUGCCCUUCUAGCUUAGAAUCAGCAGCACUUGGCACAUUCCUGUGUGUAACCCACCCCUCCCAAGCAACUCAGUGUACCUCAUUUUAAACAUUGUUGAUUUCCAAGUCAAGGACCUUUUUUUUUAACCCCCAGUUCUUAUUGUUCCAAAAUCAGAAAUUCUUUUAUUAUCCAGGGCUGAGUCGCCAAAGCAUAUUUUGAUUUUUAUCUUUACUAUAUAUAUCAAGGUAGUCACCAGAGUUUUCUCCUUUUAAAUAUAUGGCUCUGGCAUUUUAAUGAACAAAGAAUGCUUCGGGGUACAUGGUAUCAUAAUCAUGGCUCUGUGACUUGGUGUCUUGUUUCCUUCUGUGCCACUGCAUUUUUGGUAUCAGAUGAGAUCCUGCCUGGCCACCGAGUGUAUUGUGUACAGAUCAGAGUUCUUGUCUGUAUCCUUCAGGGUCAGUCAGUCCCUUUUUGAUUAGUGAUCCUUCCUCACUAAAGUUGGCCGCACAGGCCAGGUCACUGUGCCUGGUAUUUGAUGGCAAGGGAAGGAAGGUUUGGUCAGAUCUCAGAGAGCAGCAGUGGCAUGGAUCUUGUUUGCCUUCCAGUUGUUGUCUUCAUUGUGCACAGACGAGCCAGUGUUAAGGUGCUACUUCAGAGACGAAAUCUAAGAAAUCAGAUAACACUGUGCGAAUGGAUACUGUCCAGAGGCUAAGCACCGAUGGGCCCUCCAGAUAAUUGACAUUAUCCCUUUGAUACCUCACUCCUUAGAAAUAUCAUUCAUUAACCUCAGUUUCUCAGGAAUCCUUGUAGCUUGUAUGCUAGAAAUAGCUGUAGGGUAUGGUGUCCAUUGUAUGUCCAAUCUUAGGGUUUAGCUCAAUGGUUGCCUGGUUCUUACUGGAAUACUCUACAAGACUGCUAGCCUAGUACCUGGACACACAGUCGUUCUUGUCUUGAGGUAAAGGGAAGUUCUUUCUGCCAUCGCCAUUCCAUUUCAUCACUUAGAUAAUCCUAAAAACAAAACAAAACAAAAAUAAAACACAAAUUUAAUCUAGGGCAGUCUGUCAGUAGCCUCAAAUGACUACAUACCUCAAUGGUAAAAUACUGGAUAAUUUAAGAUUUUAAAAUGAAUUGAGACAAGUUUAUUUUGGUACUGGAAAAGAAAAUAGCCUGAUAUAAGGAAAGCGUUUACAGAAGAACACCAAUAAAUGCCUCAAGAGUGUGAAUUUUCCAAGGAAAUAUAUCUGGAGGAAAUCUAGCCAUGAAGGGAGUUCAUGGACCUGUAAAAGUCUAACCUACUAAAUUUUAUACCUUCACACCUUCAAUGGAAAGAACUUAAUGUAGUUUCGAGAGCGUGCGCAGUGAGCUCAAUUAGAGAUAGCAAACGGGACUGGCAAUGUGAAAAAAGCUGUUAAAGAGCAUGUCUACUUCUAUUUGCAGCAGCCUCCUCUCUCUGGCCCCAGUGUCCUGGAGCAGCCAAGCUGCAGAGUAGAGCUGAUGUAGUCCACAGAACAGAGCUCCUCUGGUGGAUUAGUUGGAAUUGAUGAGACUUGGAAUUGGCCAGCUGGCAAAGCAAACAAUUAAUUUGCUGGUUUAACUGCAAAGCAGGCCAAUUGUUCUGGCCCUCAAGUCUAGCUCUAAACUCAUUACAGAAAGAGCAGGAGCCUUUGAAAAAAGCUCAGUCUCUAAAUGUGUGGGCUUGCCUUUACUGUUCUAAAAUGUUAAUCUUUACAACCACCUGUCUGGGUUCCCUUUAGGGGGACGGGGAGGCAUUGAAAACGAUGACAGGCCUGCUUAACAAAAUGUGCAUCAUGCCAGGUAUGAAGAAAGCCAUCCCGAGUCCCAGUCCAUGCAUCUUGGCAUAAGGUGGACAGAAAAAGUUUAAUUAUGUGCCUCAAAGGGAGAAAAAAAAGACAAAUCAUCCUCAAGUCCAGGAUUCCCAAACUAGCGCCUCAAAGCACCAUUUGGCUUCAGGACAGUCUAGUUUUGUGGAAAGGGUCAACCUAAGACAUUUACUUAAGGAGGAACAUAAUCUCUGAGGGUCUAGAUGAUGACGUUCUACCGUUUUUGUUUUAAGCCGCCCUCCUAUGACCUUAUUCUGUAUUGAAAUAAGCUCUUUUCUCAUUGCAGCUCAGAAGCUGUGUAGGUUUGGAGAUAAGUGGGCACAGCAGAGCUGGGCAAUUGCUGGGCUUUGCUUCAGUUUCAGCCAUUUGUUCCAAGGAGAGAGGUUCUUGGGAAAACGUGUGUUAGCAACUUUAAGCAACUCCUUGUACAUAUGCUGGCCACAUUCUCAUUGCUAAGCAUCUGCAUCUGGGCAAAGUUAGGAAGAGAUGAAGGGAACACAAUGAGUUUUUCCAUGAUGUCAGGAGGAUUUUGCCAAAUCCUCCAAGAAGGAUGUAAUGUGGAGUUGUCUCUCUUUUCCCUGUCUUUCUUUCUUUCUUUCUUUCUUUCUUUCUUUCUUUCUUUCUUUCUUUCUUUCUUUCUUUCUUUCUUUCUUUCUUUCUUUCUUUCCUUCUUUUUCUUUCUUUCUUUCUUUUUUCUUUUUUGCAUGGGGCCUAUCAGGUUGCCCAGCCCAACCUUACAGUCAAAAAUUCCUACCUCUAAGUUACUACCAAAGGGUCUUUGGCCUGCAUGUGCACACUCGUCAAAUGAAUGCCCUGACUAAAGUUCGGCCUUUUGAGGAGAAACAGUGAUGGUACAUACAAGGCAAAACCCGCAAUCUUUCUCUGCCUCAGUUCUUUUGCUCCCAAAUUCAAAUCUCUCCCCAUGUUGAUGAGCGUGUUGUCUGAAUAUGGGCUUCGGUGGGUAGGGAGAAGUUGACCCUGAGAACGGAGAAGGGCAACUCCUCAGUUGAUAAGGCCAUUGACAGAUUGCUCACUCCACAGUAGGGGCCAAAGCCAGCAAUCCUUACUGGGAGUGUCGAGAGCUUUAGCUGUGUUAGAUAUUAGUCCAAAUGUGCUGGAAUUUGGGGUAAUGUAGGAUUUCAUGAGAAAAAUGUCAUUUAGUGAAAUGGGGAAGAAGGCAGGACCUGGGAUGGUUUUUUUUUUUUUUUAAAGUGGGAGUGUUCGCCUUGCUGUCAAGUAGAGGGUACCUCAGAAUAUAUGAGUCUUCUUCCCCCACUCACUCUCUUGCCUUUCCUUUCUUCUCCAUUGUCCUGCCUUUUUAGUAUUCAGCUUUUUAUAUAAGUAUUUACUUUUUUUUUUUUUUUACUAUAUAUUUGGUCCUUUGGGACUGUGUGAUUAAAUUGUACCAUUCAAGAUAAAAUUAUAUGUUUAAUAUUUUAUUCUCUAAAAUUGUCUUUUGAAGCUAUGCUGCUAUCCAGGUACAGGUCAGAAAGGAAUUGGGCCUGAUAGCAUCUUGGUCACGUCACCAAAGGGUGACUAUAAUGUCAUGAUGAUGACUCUUCUUCAUUUGACCAAGGCCAGCCUCCUGUUUAUACCUCUGCCCAUUCAUUUCUGGCCAUGGGAAAUAUACCAGCUAUUGGGUGAGCCAUUGAAGCCAGGAGGACCAGAAGGGCCAGGAUCCAGCCCAUGAGCACCACGGGAAUUUAUCUGUAGGAAGCUCAUUUGUAGGGCUGGCUUCAGUCGCAGUAGCCAAAGAAAAUCUGUCUGACUGGACAUUUUAAUUGCUAAGAGUUGGUCAAAGUUCAGCUGAAGCUAAUGCAUAGAUAUCUGUAGUAGCUUGGCAUCCAGACAUGAGCUUCAACCAAAGCUAAUAAAGCCCAAGUUUCCACAAGAAGCUUGGUGCUGAGCUGUUCAGAUCAGUCAUUUACCAGAGUGUUGCCAACCCUUCAGCCAUGCUUUUGUAGCUUUAUCCUCACCUGCUUAUAUACCCAGCCGGAUCCAAAGCUGUGGCUUACUGCUCACUUUGUUCUGCUCCCUGGUCACGUAUAGUGACAUAGUGUAAAAAGGAAAACAUGGAUUGGGGAGUUAGGUGACCUGGUUUGUAUUCCCUAUGCUUCUACUAAUUAGCCUCAAGAUCUUAACCGCUCUGUGCCUCAGUGUUCCCAUCUGCAAAAUGGGGAUAGUGUAAAUUGCCCUACCUACCUCACAGGGUUGUUGUGAGGAUAAACUGAGACAAUGAAUGGAAAGCACUUUGACAAAGUAAGUGCUAUGCAAAUUGUAAGAAAAUGGAAACAAUCACGUUCAAGGCAAUGGAACGGACAUUAGCAGAAAGGUUAAUGGGAUUGUCCAGCCCUUUCUCUGUGUGGCUUAUACCUAGGUUGCCAUUGCUUUAUACAUUUUCACUUAGCACAGAUUUGUAAUUAUGCAUGUAAUAAAGCACAGCCUUAUUCAACUUGA